CGUUUUAUCACAUUUAAAGAUCUUGUUUUACUCCGGAAGAAAUGUGGGUGAGGUCCUUAUAUUUCCGUGUCUGGGGAGAUAAGUGGUGUGAUUUCAGCGUCUGUCUUGAACAGUUAAAAAAUGCAGGACCCUGACGCAGAUACCGAGUGGAAUGACAUCUUGAGGAAGAAGGGGAUCCUUCCUCCCAAGGAGAAAACUCAGGAUGAGGUUGAUGAGGACGCUCUAGAGCAGCAGAUUCUUCUUCAGCAAGAAUCUGUUGUAAAAACCUAUGAGAGUAUGACUCUGGACCAGCUGGAUGAGAACGAGGAUGACUUCAGUGAAGAGGAUGAGGCUGCCAUCGAGAUUUACAGGCAAAAGAGGCUUGCAGAAUGGAAAGCCACCCAGAUAAAGAAUUGCUUUGGAGAAGUAGUGGAGAUUUCUGGACAGGACUACAUCAAGGAGGUGAACAAAGCUGGAGAGGGCAUCUGGGUUGUGCUGCAUCUCUACAAACAAGGAAUUCCUCUGUGCACCCUGAUAAACCAGCAUCUGUCAGAGAUGGCCAGGAAAUUCCCCCAGACCAAGUUCCUCAAGUCCAUCUCCACCACAUGCAUCCCUAACUACCCUGACCACAACUUACCCACCAUCUUUGUCUACCACGAGGGAGAGAUGAAGGCACAAUACAUCGGGCCUCUGGUCUUCGGGGGCAUGAACCUCAAAGUUGAGGAGCUGGAGUGGAGGUUAUCAGAAUCUGGUGCUGUCAAGACAGACCUGGAAGAAAACCCCAAGAAGCAGAUUGAAGACAAGCUGAUGUCGUCGAUCCGAUCCACUCUCCCCACACGGAAAGACAGUGACUCCGAAGAGGACUAGCCACGUAACACCAAAUAACAUUACUCUUAACGCUCAACCAUCACUGUGUGUGAGGAUGGCUCUCCUGUGGUGAUGUGGUGAACUGCACACCUCUCCCUCUCUCUAUGCUUCCUCCGUCAGCAGAGAGGCUCCAUCAGAGUACUAUGCUUCCCCGGUUGAAAGAUCUCUUAUGUUACGAGAUCAUUCUCCUAAAUCAAUCUGGCCUUGUGUUUUUACAGAACAUUUGGUUGAAGAUUGUCCUUUUUUUAUUUAACAUAUACAUUUCAUAAUAAAUGACAAUAGAAAUUAAUACAUUUGUAAUUGUUUAAAUUAAAUGUAAGUAGCCAUUCACCCAUGCCAUAAUUAGUUGACCCUGAUCUGUGUAACCAUCACAUAAAGGGCUCCUUUGAUGUAUUUAACUGUGUUCACUGUUCAUAGAUAGUGGUCUGAAUUUGUGUGUGCAAUUGUCUACAAAAUGGCAAAGUACAGAAUCCUCAUCUUAAAUCACUAAAUAUUUACAUUUACCAACUGAAAUCAGGAAGACACUUCACAAUCUGCAAUUUAUUUCUCAAAUAUCAAGUCCAUUGCCAGAGAACACUGAGGAUGCUGCUUCUGUCUGUCCCUCAGUCUGCCAUUUUGUGCUCCAUGUUCAGGGGGGUUGCAGUAUGCUGAUGUCUUCUGUCCAGUUAUUCCAAAGUCAGAUUUUAACAUCACACAGAGUGCUUCUGUGUAGCAGGGAACAGAGAACCUCGGUCAUGGUUUGUAGCCUUGAAUUGUCGACUUUGUUCUAACUUUUAAUUGUGUAGAUUCUAGUCGGGGGUAGUGUAUAUACUAUAUGUCUAAAGUACAUAUUGUACCUUGAUUGAGCCUUGUGGACUGGCCACAGAAAGACUGUGGUCCUCAACCUCUAAGAGAAAGGUACUGAAGAAGCUUUCACAAACUUGAGCUUCAAUCAGAAUAGGCUACACGGACACUGCUGACCUGCAAACCAAUAUUUAAUUUCAGAAUUGCUUAAAAUUACGUAAAGGUCAGGGUUAAGGGUUUGGUUAAAGUUAGUCGGUCUUGCAGGUCAGAAGUGUCCUUGUCUCCUGCUUCAAUAUUGAUAUUCUGCUAAUCAAGGUUGAAACAGCACAGGGUCCUUACCAAAAGCAUGAGCUGCUUCUUUCUCCUCUGAGACAGUUUGGGUGACAGGCGUAUCAGCGGGUGCACUGAAUGGGACUAGAGGGGGAAUGCCUGUUA